GUGAAUUUUCUCUCGCACAUUUUCUUGCCCAUUGGCGAAGUUUUCAAACUGUCUCUCAAUUGAUUUUGCGCACGUAAUUAGAACAAACGGAUUGUCCGUUAAUUGCGGCAGCCUGCAACGGUGCCUCUUGUCUCACUUGCCUCGCUAAUGUGUCAAUCGAUUAGCGACGCCCAAGAAAGGGGCUAAGUGUGCUAAGUGAAAAAGCCAUGAGCUAAUUGCUCCAACAGCUCCAAAUAUGUCCAAGCUGCUGCCAAAGAAGCGCUGGUGGCACAUCCGCCUGCCCGGCAACCAGCCACAAAAUGAUGCCGCGAGAAAGUAUCGCGAGAUCAUCAUGCACAACGAAUGUGCCUCAGUGCUUGCCUCAACGGAUACCAGCAGCAGCAGCAACACUCCCAGCCAGAGUCUUAGCUGCGAUAGCUUAUCGAAGAGCUCACAGCCGGAUGCGGGCAAAUUGUUUCCACGCAAUAUGCCCAGCAUACGACGUAGCCGUAGACGCUCCACGGAGCGCAGCAAGGAUCCAACUGCUGCUGCUUCAGCUGCUGCUCCUGUUCCAACUGCUGCUCCUGUUGCAGUGCCCGCUCAGCAGGUGCAGUGCAGCGGUUCGCAGUCGCGUCAAUCGACGGUUACCAAGCUGACGACGCCGCAGCGCAAACCCAAAUCCAGCUGCUCCAAGCUCCAAAUCAAAUCAGCUGUCAAGGCCAAAACGAAGCCAAAACAAUUGACAUUGGCGCCCAAUCCCAUUGCCUUGGAACUGCCGGCGCCGACGGGCAGUGAGCGGGAGGAGUGCACAAAGCUGAGCUUGGCGAGAGCAUUGCACUCGCAGCAAUCGAGCCUGAUUAGCAGCGAUUUGUCCACCAGCUGCUCGUCGGUUGGGCAGAAGCUCGGCCAGGAGCAGGAACAGUUUCACUCCUCCGGUAUAUCCUGCAAUGGUGAAACGGACGAUGAUGUCGAGGUGGCCAUGCUGACGGGCAGCCUAACCUCAGCCCAGCUGCAACACAUGCAACACAUGCAACAGCAACAGCAGCAGCAACAGCCGCAGCAACAACAACAGUUCAUAACAAAAACAACUUUGGCAUCUAAAUUAUUGCCUUUCAACGAGUUACGCAAUUUGAAUAUUUGCCGAAAUCGAAGCGCUCUUUGGCUGCAGAAUGCAGCAGAAACGGAGCAGCUGUUAGUCGAGGGGAGGAGCUGCGGCAGGAGCAGGAGCCGGGAGUCAAUAAUGCGGAACGUUUGCUACUUAAAUGCAGCCAUGACGGAUGAUAUGCAACUGAGCGACAUUGAAGAACAAUUGGCCAAGCUGGAUGGCCAGCAACAGCAGGAAUGCAAAGCCAUUCAGCCAAACCACAAAUAUAAGCCCACACCUGCACCGCGCACCAACAGCAGCAGCAGCACCACCACAUCAGGCAGCAGACGACACCGCAAGAUGCAGCAGCCCGGCAGCAGCUAUUACACUCAGACGGAGAGCGAACUGUUGCAGCUGGAGGCUGGCGGUGCUGCGCCCUUUCCGUCGCAUCGCAGCGAUCAAACUUUAGCCACCGCCAAAACUAUUCCAGCUGCCUCGCAGCAGCCGGCGAGCAGCAGUCACACAGCAUCGACGGUUACGUGCAAUAAUGUGGAUGCACCAUCAACCGCUAGCAGCAGCGGGACACCGUCGCAUUUUGUGUCGCCGUUGCAGAGACGCCACUGCCAGCCGCCCAAUCAUCUGCCACUGAACUCGGUGGUGGCGACGCCGCUGCGCACCGCCAGCUACAAGACGGCGGCAUCGGCCAGCAGCGUCUAUCAUCAUAGCCACCAUCAGCAGCUGGAUUUUCAGCGCAACUCGCAGUCGGACGAUGACAGUGGCUGUGCACUCGAGGAAUACACUUGGGUGCCACCGGGUCUGCGGCCAGAUCAGGUUCGCUUGUACUUUAGCCAACUACCGGACGACAAAGUGCCCUACGUCAACAGUCCCGGCGAGAAGUAUCGCGUGAAACAAUUGCUGCACCAGCUGCCGCCUCAAGAUAACGAAGUACGCUAUUGCCACUCGCUAAGUGACGAGGAGCGCAAGGAGCUGAGGAUAUUUUCGGCGCAGCGCAAGAGAGAGGCGCUUGGACGUGGCGCGGUGCGGUUGCUGUCCGAUGAAAGGCCCUGCAAGGGGUGCGAGGAGCCACUCUCCGGCGGUGACAUUGUGGUCUUCGCCCAACGCCUGGGCGCCCAGUUGUGCUGGCAUCCCGGCUGCUUUGUCUGCAGUGUUUGCAAGGAGCUCCUCAUGGACUUGAUAUACUUUCAGCGCGAUGGCAAUCUCUACUGUGGUCGCCAUCACGCCGAGACACAAAAGCCGCGCUGCUCCGCUUGCGAUGAGAUAAUCUUUUCGGAUGAGUGCACGGAGGCCGAAGGUCGCACCUGGCACAUGAAGCAUUUUGCCUGCCAGGAGUGCGAACAUCAGCUGGGCGGCCAGCGUUAUAUAAUGCGGGAGGGGAAACCGUACUGUCUGGGCUGCUUUGACACCAUGUUCGCCGAGUAUUGUGACUACUGCGGCGAGGUCAUUGGCGUCGAUCAGGGCCAGAUGAGCCAUGACGGUCAGCACUGGCAUGCGACGGAUCAGUGCUUCUCCUGCUGCACCUGCCGCUGCUCGCUGCUGGGCCGUCCCUUCCUGCCACGCCGUGGCACCAUCUACUGCUCGAUAGCGUGCAGCAAGGGCGAACCGCCGACGCCGUCGGACACGAGCUCUGGGCCGCAGCUGCGUCCGACGCAUCGCGCAUCCACUUCCAGUCAGAUAGCGCGCUCUCCACGGCGCACAGCUGACUCCUCAGGGGCGACGGGACGUGUCGGGGGCGGCAAGAGCCAUGGGCAUGUCACAAGCAAGAGUGCAGCCAGUGCGGGCAGCGCUGGCGAUUUGCUGGAGCGUCAGGAGCGCAAGCGCAUGGAAGCAGCGGGAGUAGCCGAUCUGCUGCUAGGUGGAUGUGUGCCUGGCAUGCCACGCCCCGCCCAUCCACCGCCCAUUGAUCUGACCGAACUGGGUAUCAGUCUGGACAACAUAUGCGCCGGCGACAAGUCAAUCUUUGGCGACACGCAGCUGACCACAUCGAUGCCUGACAUGUUGUUGUCAAAGGCUGAGGAUUCACACAGCUAUCAGAGCAUUGACAAGAUCAAUCUCAAUUCGCCGAGCAACUCGGACAUGACGCAAAGUACCCAGGAGUUGGGCAACGAGUUGGAGCUCGAUAAUGAGUCGGUUCGUGAGAUGGAUCUGCCCCAUGAUGGCUAUGAGCAGCUCUUUGCCGCCAAGCAGCGCAGCAAUCAGCUGGACGAGAAACAGGAACAACUCGACAAUCGUCCGCCGCUGAAAGAGGUGCGCUUCCACAGCGUCCAAGACACCAUGUCGCGUUCCAAGAGUUACACGGACAAUUCCAAUGCACGACGUCGUCGCCGACGUCGGAAUCAGUCACGUAGCUCCUCCGAGAUGCAGAUAAACCAAACGAAUCUGCGACUGCACAACGCCCAGACACAGGCGGGCGGCGGCGGCCCACUGAAUCUGCUGAACAAUCUGGAUAACUGCGAUGUGGCCAGCAUUUGUUCCACCUGCAGUUCCAGUUCCUCCAGCGACAUGGACGAUUAUGUUUACCGUCUGCCCGCACGCAAGCACUAUGGCGGCGUUCGUGUCGCCUAUGUGCCCAAUGAUGCACUCGCCUACGAGCGCAAAAAGAAGCUGGCGCAAACCAGUGAGUCGUCCAAUCCUCUUGGAGCAGCUGCACCGGGCAGCUGCUUAGGUGCCCAGUCUGGCAUGCCGGCGCUUAUGAACGAGAGCAAGAACUGCACGAUAUCAUGACCGCCUCCGAUGUUGCCGCCGCCGCCGCUGAAUCUGAGCAGCUACUACAUACUGGACACCAUUCUGGAGGAGCAGAGCCUUAGUCUGCUGCCCGAGAAGAAGCCCGGGUGCCUGAGGCGUGUCUGGAAUUUCUUUGGCCUAGGCAAACCGCGGUCCUCAAAUGCACAGCGUCUCUAUAACGUCUAGAUUGGGGUUAGGGUAAUGUAAAUAAACAUAUCGUUCAAAAUACAAAUACAAAAUAUUAUUAAUUAUAAUUAAGGCAAAUUGGCAACUUCGAUCGUAUUUAAAAGUGAGCUGGAAAAUACAACUUUUUUUGUACAUUAGACUUCUCUAUAUUUCUAAUUUCAUAUUUUUUAGUUUCCAACUCACAAGUAUCCAAACAAUGUAGUCUAGAACAACGAAACUCUAUUCUUAUCAAAACUUUGUACAAAGUUAACAAGUAUAUCAAGAAUGCAUUUACAUACAUAUAUUAUAUAUUAGUACUUUAUAUACAUAUAUUAGUCUGUUAGUUAUAAAGCUAAGAAUCUGCCAGCCACAAAUCGGAAUAACACAAAAAUACAAUCAACAAACAAUAAAAAUUUGAUACAUGCAUCAACUGACAACAAAAGAAUUCUGUAUAUGUAAAACACAACAAUAAAAUGUUAAUAUACAAUAAUAGAGACGUGAAAGGAGAGCGAAAGUCUUCGGAUAGUAAAUGUGCAAUAACUUAAGUUGUGAAGGAAACUUCCCCCUCCAAAAACACAAUCUACAUAGUUCCAAUUAUAUACAAUUCUUUACAUAAAUUCAUAUAUAUGUGUCUAUAUGCAAAGAGGUUUCUAUUCAGUUUUGUGGUUUCUUUUGCGUUUUGGCAACUUUCAAGAUUCUUUUGUUUUUUAGUUUUAUGUAAUGUUUCAGCUUUCGCCCGAGGGUGAAAGUGAAAGAGUUAUAUAAAACUGAAUGUGUCAAGAAUAUUUGAGAAAGUUUUGUAAUAAUGUAAACGCAAAAAAUUGAGGGCUAGUUCUAAAGUUGAAAUUAUACUUAAUCCUAUAAUAUGAGUACGAAUGGCCGGAACGAAUACAUAUGAUGAGUUUUAA